CUAAUGCACGGCAGACUCAUUUUAGCCGGGAGAGCUGUGGAAUUUCAGUUCCUGUUUGUAAACACCUCCUAGACUUAAAGAUUCCCCUGAACAACUCCAAUACCAAAGAAAGCUAUAAUGUUGACCUCAACGCAACUUCUGUGGAUUUCAACCUUAUUUAGUGUUCUCCUAUUUGUAAGCCAUGGGAAAGAAAUUCUGGAAGUAAAUACUACAGAAAACGCUGCAGAAGGCUUAAAAAAUAAGGCAAAAGAAUUUGAUCCUUUCACAGGUGAAGCACAUUCCAACUUAGCUAAAGACAGAGAAACCUCCAAUCACAAAGCAAGUAAUUCCUCUCGGAUGGAUCCGUCAGAUGGAAGUCCUGAAACACCAGAUUCCGGCGGUAAUUUGAGCACAGACUUUUCCUGGAGUCCAAGAACCACGCCCGUCUUUUCUGAAAGCGCUCCCUCCAGCCACAGCGACGUUCCUAAAUUGCUUCAGAACUCAUCAGUAACAGAUGAAAAUUCUCUGGCCCUCUCAGAGACUCCCAAUACUACUACGUCUGCCGUGCCUUCAGAAAAGGUUCCUUGGUCUUUGGCCAAUGACACCGUGAAAACUGACAACGGUUCCAUUACAGUUAGCAUCCUCCCUUCGGCCCCAGCCACCACGUCGGUGAGUCCCAUGACCACAGAGCCAGACGCCUGGCUCAGCACCACCAGCGACAACAUAGCAGCGUUCACCCCCUACCAGGAAAUGACUCUACAGCCCACCUUAAAAUUCACCAAUGAUUCAAAAAUCUUCCCAAAUACAUCAGACCCCCAAGAAGAGAAUAGAAAUACAGGAAUAGUAUUUGGGGCCAUUUUAGGUGCUAUUUUGGGCGCUUCGUUGCUUACUCUGGUUGGCUACUUAUUGUGUGGAAAAAGGAAGACAAGUUCAUUUUCCCAUCGGCGACUUUACGACGAUAGAAACGAACCAGUUCUGCGAUUAGACAAUGCACCGGAACCUUAUGAUGUGAGUUUUGGGAAUGCUAGUUAUUACAACCAAAGUGUCAAUGACUCAUCAUCCAUGCCAGCAGGUCGAGAAAAUGCACGUGAUGGUAUUCCUAUGGAUGACAUACCUCCACUCCGUACCUCAAUGUAAAACUAAGGGGAAAAGGCUUCGGAUGGCAAGUGUUUACCUACAUCCUGGACUUUGCACCAACCCGUCUUUCCAA